UGUGAGAGGGAACAUUCGAUGGUGGAAGAUGUUUAUGUUGAGGUUUGAGCAAAGGCUUUCACGCACUCAUGGAGACUGACAGAAUUUUUUUAUAGCUGUUUAUACCAGGGCCAUACGUCAGCAGUAAGAUGAAGCGUUCAAAAAGCGAAGCGAUCAAAUCUGCACUGAACACUUAUCUGAAACGCCGGCACUAUGCGGAUAUUGAAGAUUGUUGCAAGAUUAAUACACUGCCAUGCAGCCAAGAGGAAAUGGCUGUUGGUUGUGCAGUGGAAAGAGUUGUUGGUCGCUCAAAUUCUUUUACGUUCAGCACUAUCAAUAAUGAUGUUAACCUAGCUGAACAACAUUUCUUAAGGUUCAAAAACUGGAUUGCAGAGCUUAAGCAAGAGUCCUUUCAGUGUGAAUUAGCCAGUCUGCUGUGUCCAAUGUUUUGUCAUCUUUAUUUGGAAAUGCUGUGUGGAGGCCACCGCCAGGUAGCAAACAAAUUUUUCAAGAGGCAUCAGGUUCUCUUCACAAGAGAACACAAUCGACCAUUGCUGGAAGAACUAGCUAGCGUAACUAGUAGCCAGGAUAUUGAAAACAAUGCCCUUGUUAAAGAUUUUAGGUCCUGCAAAUACCAUGUGAAGUUGUCAGAAGCAUCUAUGGCAUGCUUACAAAUAUAUCUGUCAGAGUAUAGCCACACUGUUCUGAUUCAGCUACUGCAGGACAGGUUCAGUCUGGAGGUAGAUGGCACCAUCCUUUCUAUCACCCAGGAGAAAGUUGCAAAUGAUCAGGCAACCACAAUGGAGGAUUCUGAGAGUGCAUCAGAUAAAGAAACUGAGUCCAGAGAUGUGGAUGAAGACUUCAAGAUUGUAAGAGAAGCAAUAGAAGAGGUAUUUGAUGAACCGAAGACCCCAACUACUGUUCUGUACACUAUAAAAAAUUGUGAGGAAAUAACAGCAUGUGGAAGAUUCACAAAUAAACUUGACAAAUUAGCAGUUGGCAUGGGAUCUGUUGUAAAGCUGUGGAGCUUGACAAAUAAGAAGCUACCUGUUCCAAAGAAACAUGUACUGUUACCGUUUCCUGAAGCUGAGACUGACGUAGAGGGAAGUGAUGAAGAUGCAGAUGAUCGACAUGAGAGUGACAUGGUAUCCCUUUUUGGCCACUGUAAGCAAGUUCAAGAUCUCAGAUUUGUAAAUGAAGAAAAAUCUGAACAGAUGCUUCUGUCUGUUUCACAUGAUGCUACAAUGAGAUGUUGGACAUUAGGGAACAACAUCUGUGCAGCAAUAUACAGAGGGCACAACAGACCUAUCUGGUCUCUUGAUGUAGACUCUCUGGGGAUGUUUGCUGUCACGGGAUCCAGUGAUUAUACUGCCAGACUCUGGUCACUUGAUAGGACUUAUGCUUUGCGUGUGUUCAUCGGACAUACACAAGAUGUUGAGUCUGUAUCAUACCAUCCUAGUUGUAAAUAUAUAGCUACUGGAUCAACUGACAAAACUGUCAGGUUAUGGACUGUGUCAGAGGGAAAGUUGAUACGAAUAUAUGCAGGUCAUCGAGCAGCAGUCCAAGUUGUGAGAUGCAGUCCAAAUGGGAAAUACAUUGCUUCAGCCGGUGAAGACAAACGAAUCAAGAUAUGGGAUAUUCCGUCUGCAUCUACUGUGGCUGAGUUUAAAGGACACUCUAAUGCUGUUGUGAGUUUAUCGUGGACACCUGACAGUGAGUAUCUUGCUUCCUGUGCAUUAGAUGGGACCAUAAGGCAGUGGAAUGUGGCUCGUUGUGUGAACAGGGAAAUGGGAACUGGAGAAGAUGGUGAGGGAGGUGAAACAGAUGCUGCUAAGAAUGCAGAAACUCGGACAGAGACUGCUAGUACAUCGGUAGAAAGCCAUGGUCCCACUUCUCCGAGUGCAUCACAUACUGUUGUGAGUGUCAGUGCUGAAGCUACUCCAUCUAACAUAUCAUCAUCUGCAACGCCUUCAACAAGCUCUGCAUCACCUGGUCCUGCCCCAGUGGUUGCUGGACAGCCUAUUGCAGGGCCAUCUUCUGCAACAACUUAUGACACAGUUUCUGAUGACCCCAUGGAAGGACCAUCAACUGGUGUCCCAACAGCAGAAGUGUCUGAGAACACAACAGAAACUGCCAGUGCUCCAGUGGCUAGUUCUCCGAGUCCAUACCAGUCAGCAUGUUUUUCUGUAGGAGAUCAUAUACUGUGUGUUCAUCAUGUGUCAAAAGAUACUUUGGCCGCUGUGAAUAUCACUUACAUUGAUGAAUGAAAUGCGAUAAAUAAUUUAUUUAUCCAUAGAUUGCAGGAAACUGUGUGGUUAAUGACAGAUGUAAUCAAAACUGUACUUUACCAAAUUUCUUCAAGCUUAUGGAGUGUUCGGACUGAACCUUGUAACAGACACUAUUUCUGGCUGCAGACAGUCUCUGAAGUAGAAAUUUGGUGAACUGUACUCAAAUAAAAGUUUUUGUACAUUUUUUUUAACUUACAACCCUCACCCUUUAAGCAUACUCAGUGUUAUGUGUGUAUACAACAUGAAUAUCAUCUUUCAUUGUGUUUUAUUAACUAGAUUACAGUUUGUAAGUGAAAGAAUUUUUAAAUGCUUAUAAAUGCAUGUAAAUAUGUGCAUUAAGAAGAGAGAACUUCUUUCUAUCAUCCAGAAAUCAUAGUUUUCUGAUAGGUGUGAUUCUGAUAGGUAUGCUAUGCCAUAUUUAUUUUUCCUCUGAUUUGAUAAGGCUCACACAAUCCUCGUGUGGACUUGAUAUGCUUAUAGUGUCUGCCACGGUGUCAUGGAGUUACCAUGGACACCAGUUUCAUGAUGUGAUCGUUCAUGCUGUGUUGAGUGUUGUAACAGGUGCAUCGUGGGUGCCAAACAGUUCCAUGUCCAGCUGUCAGGGCCACUGUGUUUAUUCUCCGUACAAUCUGUGUUACUCUCUGUUUAAAACAUUCCUUCAUUUGAUACAUACACUCCAUGUAAAUACUUUCUCCUAGCUACUCUUUUACCAUGGCCACUGUCUGAAGUUGUUCACUUUUUUCCUGUUCUGAAUUAUUUGCUGUAAUGAGAAAACUGAACUGUAUCAUUAAACAGUAUCAAGGUGACAAUAA